AUGUUCAGAAGUCUAGUUCUUUUCGUAUUCCUGUGCUUAGGUUGUAAUGCUCACAAAAUUUUCGUUUAUUCCCCCUUGAUGGGCCAUUCGCAUGUUAACUUUAUGGGAAGAAUUGCUGACACUCUGACUGAUGCUGGACACAACGUUACUUAUGUAGUGCCUGUUAUGGAUCUGAAAUUGAAGAAGACAUGUGUGAAAACCACUAAAGACGUUCGAAUUCUUCCAGCUAGUAAGGAAGUUGAAGAGAUUAUGUCAGCAGGUCAUGAUCAUCAAAUAAAAACCUUAUGGGCGAUGAAGCAUGAUCCAUUAUCGCUUAUGAAGGUUUUUGGAAAUAUGACGAAGGCUUUCGCAUUAACCUGCAAACAAGUCUUAAACGAUAAGAAGUUUUUAGAUGACAUAGCUAGCGAGAAGUUUGAUAUUCUAAUCGCCGAACCUUUCUUCUUGUGCCCUUUUGCUUUGGCGGAAAAAUUGAAAAUUCCAGUAACAAUUGGAGCCUUAUCAACCAUACAAUCUGAAGUAAUUUCCGAUAUAAUUGGAGAGCCAGUAUUGCCGAGCUUUGUACCAGGCUCAAUGUCUGUGGCGCAAAGUGAUAUGAGCUUCUACGAAAGGUUCAAAAACACCUUGAGUGUCACAGCUAUGCGCUAUCUUUUCCUCGAUAGUUACAAAGUAGAAUCUGAUGUUAUCAAAGAAGCUUUCGGCAGUAACUUCAAAAGCUAUACGGAGUAUUUGGCAGACGUUUCCUACGUUUUCACAAACGCACAUCCUUACCUCUCAUAUCCAAGACCACUGAAUCGGAAAACACUUGAGCUGGGAGGAAUUGUUGUUGAUCAAUCACUUAAAGACAAAUCAAAUCUUAAGGAAUUCGAUGCAAUCUUGAAUGAAAGGAAACAUACCGUCCUUGUAUCGUUCGGUUCAGUAGCUAAGAGUAAGGAUAUGCCUGAAGAUCACAAGAAAACUCUUCUGUCCGUCUUUGAAGAAAUGAAAGAUGUAACUUUCAUCUGGAAAUAUGAAGAGGAUACUACAAUGGCAGAUCAUUUACCCAACGUUCAUCUGGCCAAGUGGAUGCCACAAGUUGCUCUUCUCAACGAUCCACGUUUGAGUCUCUUCGUUACUCACGGAGGUCUUGGAAGUCUUGGAAGUACAACUGAAGUCGCUUAUCUCGGAAAACCUGCAGUGUUUAUUCCGUUGUUUGCUGAUCAGCCAUCGAAUGCUAUAAUGGCAUCACGAUAUGGAGGAGCAAUAGUUCUUGAGAAAACAUUACUGGAUAAUAAAGAAAAAAUCAAAGAAGCCUUUAAUGAGGUUUUAUCAAACAAGAAAUAUGAGGAGAAUGCGAAGAAACUCUCAAUAAUUCUCAACAAUAGCCCUACUAAUCCAAAGGAUAUUCUUGUUAGGCAUAUUGAAUUUGCUGGAAGAGUUGGACGAAUACCUAAUUUGGAUUGUGAAGGAAGAAAUUUGAAUUUAUUCCAAUUUUUCUCAUUGGAUAUCUAUCUAGCAGUCAUAGUCAUAAUACUUUCAAUUAUAUCGCUAAUAUAUAUUAUAAUAAGGAAGAUAGUUAAAUAUUGUACAAAUAAACUAAAAGUUAAAUCAGAAUAA